UAAUGAGAUCUGGUGUAUAUUUGCUUAGCUUGCUUGUUGAUUUUUUUGUUUGUUUUUUUGUUUGUUUGUUUCAUUCAUUGGUUUGAUAUUAAAACGAUGUUAAAUUCAAUGUAAAAUUACAAAGCGGCAUUUGUUUUAUUUGAAUUUUUGCUAUUUAGUUUGUCGCCAAUUGAAAAUUUUGUCUGUGUGAUCAAUUCUGUGAAUUCUUUUUCAUUGUGGGGGGGGAAACCAGGAAACAAAACAAUGUUUAAUUCAAAACGACAACAAAUCAAACAUAAUAAUGAUUAUGAUGAUCGUAUGAAUAUUGGUGAAGAAGAUGAACUUUUACUACAAGGAUUUACUAAUUCAUUAUGGAAAACAAUUAUUGUUUGUAUAGGCAUUUUAAUCACCGGUGGUCUAUUGGCCAUUAUAAUGUUAUUCCGCCCGGCUAUUCGUAUACGUUUGACAAAAAAACGUUGUCAAUUGGAUAAGGCGCAGAUUCUUGUGUUGAAAGAUAAAUAUGGUGAUGAAUUUGUUGAAACAAUGUUUCAAACACCCAAUUUAUCAUAUCGUUAUUUCAUUCAUAAAAAAAUUAAAUAUAUUUGGAAUGAUGAAUAUCAACAUUUUUGUAAAUUAAAAGGUUUAGAUCAGGAAAAAUGUAGUGUACUAUAUAGUCAGGUGGUUGAUGGUGCAUCAACAACGGAAGCACAGAAAAAAUUAAUACUUUUCGGUCGAAAUUCUAUAGAUAUUGAAGUAUUACCAAUAUGGCGAUUAAUAUUCAAUGAAAUUACCGGUCCAUUUUAUCUUUAUCAAUUUUUUAUCAUUUGUAUUUGGUUGAUACAGGAUUAUUAUCAAUUUGCUGCUUGUAUUUUUAUAUUGUCCACUAUAUCGGUUGCAAUGCAUGUUUGGCAAACUCGUAAGCAAUCAAUAGCAUUAAGAAAAAAAGUUCAUUCCGCUUCAAUGGUUACUGUAAUACGUGAUUCACAACCAGUACAGAAAAUUUCAACCGAAUUAAUACCAGGUGAUGUAAUUGUAUUACCUCGUCAUUCUGUAAAUAAUUAUAUGAUGGAAUGUGAUGCCGUACUAAUGACUGGUUCUUGUAUUAUGGAUGAAAGUAUGUUAACAGGUGAAAGUUUACCCGUACCAAAAGUACCAUUGGUUGAUAAUCCAACAUCAAUAUAUUCAUCAUCCGUUCAUAAAAGUAAUACAUUAUUUUCCGGUACAAAAUUAUUAAAUGUUUAUAGUAAGGAAAAUAUCGAUAUAAUGGCUGUGGUUGUACGUACAGGAUUUUCAACAACUAAAGGUGAAUUAGCUCGAAGUAUUCUGUAUCCAAUACAAAUGAAUAAUAAUAUUAAACGACAAAUGAUAAAAAUGUCAAUAAUUUUCAUAUUUUUAUUCGGUCUGCCAUCAUUCCUGUAUACAUAUUAUGCAUUAAGUCGUUUUGAUUUUGCUACAUCAAGUAUAAUAAUUAUUGUAUUGGAUGUUGGAACAUUUCUCAUACCACCAGUUUUACCGGCUGUAUUAACAAGUGUUAAUGUUCAUGCACAAAGAAGACUGAAAAAGAAAGGUAUAUUUUGUUUGAAUUCACAAGCAAUUGCUUGUGCAGGUGAAAUUGAUACAAUGUGUUUUGAUAAAACCGGUACCAUAACUGAAGAUACAAUUGAUUUUGCCGGUAUUGUACCGAUUUUCAAUAGAAAAUUUCAAUCAAUCAUUACGGAUGUUAAAUCAUUACCGGCUGAUAAUAUUAUUGUUAAAACAAUGGCUGCAUGUCAUUCAUUAGUAGAAUAUAAAGGUAAUAUUGAAGGUGAUGAUUUGGAUAUAAAAUUAUUUCAAACAAGUGAAUGGACAUUUGUACAUGAUAUGGAUGAUUUAGUUGAAACAUUUGGUAAAACACCUGAUCGUAUUGUAACAAAUACAUUUUCCGGUAUAAAUUAUCAAUUAAUCGGUAUUAUGAAACAAUAUCCAUUUGAAUCAUUUUUACAACGAAUGCUGGUUAUCGUGAAAGAUGUAAAAGAAAAUAAUUUCAUGGCAAUUGUAAAAGGUGCACCAGAAGUAUUGAAAUUAUUUUGUUCGGAAGAAACAUUACCAGAAAAUUUUUCCGAAAUUCUUGAACAUUAUACUAGCCAGGGAUUUCGUGUCUUGGCUACUGCAUCAAAAAUUAUCGAUACCAAUGAUGUGGAUGAAUGUUUAGAUAUGAAUCGUAGUUCAUUGGAAAACAAUAUGACAUUUAAUGGUUUUUAUUUAUUUAAAAAUAAACUUAAAUCAUCAUCCAAACAAAUCAUUGAAGAAUUGAUGGAUGCAAAUAUACGUUGUAUAAUGGUAACUGGUGAUAAUAUCCUAACAGCAUUAUCGGUUGCACAAGAAUGUCAAAUGAUACGAAAACCAGAUGCAAUCAUCAGGGUACAAGCAAUCCCGAAUAAAUUAUUACCCAAACAAAUUUCUCUACAUUAUGAUUAUGUAAAAUAUCCAGAUUUUAUGAUUACAAACAAUAAUAACGGUGAUGAUUUAGAAGGGAAUAAUGAAAAAUUAUUUCAAUAUCAUUUAGCAAUUGAUGGUGAUUCGUAUAAUAUUAUUCGAAAUACAAAACCCGAUCUUAUUGAUCGUAUCAUACAUAAAGGAACAAUAUUUGCCCGUAUGACACCGGAUCAGAAAAAAAGUCUGAUAACAAUAUUGAGGAAACAAAAUCAUAGUGUUGGUAUGUGUGGUGAUGGUGCUAAUGAUUGUGGUGCAUUACGAGCGGCGGAUGCUGGAAUUGCCCUUUCGGUUGCCGAAGCAUCAGUUGCAUCACCAUUUACAUAUAAAAAUAAAGAUAUUUCCUGUGUACCAUCAUUGUUAAAAGAAGGCCGCUGUACAUUGGUCAGUGUUUUUGGUACAUUUAAAUAUCAAAGUGCAUAUUGUUUUAUACUAUUGGGUUCGGCAUUAAUUUUAUUUUGGCAUGGUUUUCGUCCAUCCGAUGGUACAUAUGUUUUUGUUGAUGUUAUUAUGAAUAUUUUACCACCAAUGGUUUUUGCAACAACCAAACCAUAUCCAAAAUUAUCAAAACGUAUGCCCAUUCGAAAUCUGCUAAGUUUUGUUCAACAAAUGUCAUUGUAUACAUUUAUCAUUGUUCAAGUUUUAAUUUAUUAUCUAAUCAGAACAUAUCUAAUCGAUCAACCCUUUUAUAUACCGGUAAUAAGUACAGAUAUUAUUGAACAACAAUCACCAAAUCAAAUUGCAAAUGCAAUAUUUUCCAUCAAUACAAUGUCUUAUGUAAUUGCAGCAGUGGUUUUUGCACCUGGUCCACCAUAUCGUUUAGGAUUUUUUUCCAAUCGAAUCUAUAUUUGUAUGGUUUUAAUAAAUUUUUCAUUAUCAUUAUUAAUGUCAUUGAUUGCACCGGAAUGGUUUUUAGGAUUUUUAGAAUUCAUUCCAUUACCAUUUGAUUUUCGUUUGAAAAUUUUAUCAAUUUGCGUGUUAAAUUUUAUCAUAUCAUUCAUAUUGGAACGUUAUUUUUGGUAUUGUUUAAUUGCACGAUAUAUUUUACCAUGGAUUCGUCAGAAAUUCCGAAUGAAAUCAAAGAAAAAAUUUCGUAUUUUAGAUGAACAAAUACUAAAGGAUAAUUGGCCAUUUGAACAUUUGAUCGAUGAUAAUCAUUUAAAUGGACAACAACCAUCAUCAUACACUACAACCAUAAUCGAUCAACAACAUCAAAAUGAUGAUGAUGAUGAUCGAUUUAAAAUGCCAAAAUCAUCAAGUUACGAAAAAACCUACGUGAAAAUUUUGGAAAAAAAAGAGAAAAAACAAAAAAGAUUUCGUUAG